UAACUUUCACUGGCGGUGAAGAUUAUAGCAAACUGAUAUGGAAAUCUAAUAUGGCUGCUUCAAAGCCAAAAGUUUUAGCAGGAUGCCACCAAUUUUGGCAGCAAACCAGCAGUGUUUUAUCCAUGCUUUGUCCAGAGGUGAGGACUGCAUUUGUGCUCCCUGCACCUUCCAGAGUAUUUAGACAGCCAAUUUCAAUCAUGUAAACAUUUUCCCUUGCAAGCAGGAGAGACUGAGCAUCCCCAGGAUUCUUUGGAGGAGGACAUGGCUCCCCUCUCUACUCCUGGAAAUACCUGUCCCCUUGUGCCCACCCCAAAGCUGAUCCUCUGCCUUUGGAGCCCUGUUGCUAUGGAAAGAACUAUGCUGGCUGCGAGGGUGAAAGGAGGGCCCUCCAAGGUGGAAGUGGAUUCUAUCAUGGCCUCUGUGAUGCAAAGUCAGCCUGGUCUAUCACUUGAAAAGUUUCUAAAUGUUAUGAGUACAAAGAAGGCUGCACGUUUUUACCAUAAUGAAGUAAGGCAGCUAUUCACUGCUUUUGACCGACAAUGUAAAGGAUUUUUAUCGUUCGAAGACUUCAAAAAAGCCUUCAAUAUUGUUGCACCAAAGUUGCCAGAGAGGAUCAUCAUUGAAGCAUUCAGUCCCAGAACAACUGUCAGCAAGAACCAAGCAUUCAUUCUGACAGGGAGGGGGAAACACAGCCAUGUAACUUCUCCUUCUCUGGCUUAUGGAUGGACCAGGUUGGUCUACUCCUUGGCUUGAUGUCAUUCCUGGAAUGCAGGGGGUACAGUCUCCCAGUUGUCCUUUGUUCCUUGGCUGAUAGCAGAAAGCAUAGCAUGCUUCCCUUCUGUUGUCCCAAGGCAACCCAGAUUUGGUAAGUAGCAGCUACCUUGUAUGAAUAGGUUAAUGCCAGAUGUUACCAGCAACUGCAGUGAUUUUUCAGAAUGUUCUGGGACUUUUCACAGUUCAAAGCCCUGGGUGAUAUUAACACAGCUAUAGCUUUUUUUUUUUUUCCAGGAGUG